AACUUCUGCUUCCUUCUCCUUCUCUCUUCGGCGUUCCACGUGGAAGAAAGAGUCUGCAAGAGAAGCCGAGAUGCAGCCGUAAAGCGUUCCCCUCCCUUUACCCGAGCUGUCGCACUCCCGGCCUCGCUUCGCGGCUGAGGCUCUGUAUUGCGACAGCAGCGGGUUCGUAGGCGAGCGAGCGAGACUGAGCGGCAACAGUGGCGGCGAAGCCGACAGCGCGGGGGGCAGUGGCGGCGACGGGGGCUGAGCGCGGCCGCGGCUGCAGGAGGCGGGGGCUUAGCAGCAGUGGCGGCGGCGGCGGUGCUGGCUUGAAGAAGUUGGAUUCCAUGGGUUCCAAGAGGCGAAGGGCUACCUCUCCUUCUAGCAGUGCCAGUGGAGGAGAUUUUGAUGAUGGUCACCACUCCACAACCACACCAGGCCCAAGUAGGAAGAGAAGAAAGUUCUCCAACCUCCCCACUGUUGAUCCUAUUGCUGUAUGCCAUGAAUUAUACAACACCAUCAGAGAUUACAAAGAUGAACAAGGGAGGCUUCUGUGUGAACUUUUCAUUAGGGCCCCCAAAAGAAGAAAUCAGCCAGAUUACUAUGAAGUGGUUUCUCAGCCCAUUGAUUUAAUGAAAAUCCAACAGAAGUUAAAAAUGGAGGAAUAUGAUGAUGUGAACGUGCUAACUGCUGACUUCCAGCUGCUAUUUAAUAAUGCAAAAUCAUAUUAUAAGCCAGAUUCCCCUGAAUAUAAGGCUGCCUGCAAAUUGUGGGAUUUAUAUAUACGCACAAAAAAUGAGUUUGUUCAGAAGGGUGAUGCUGAUGAGGAUGAGGAUGACGAGGGCCAUGACAAUCAAGGGACAAUUUCUGAAAUAUCUUCUCCAGGUUAUUUAAAAGAAAUUCUUGACCAGCUUCUUGAAGCCGUAGUUGUAGCCACAAACCCAUCAGGCCACCUCAUUAGUGAACUUUUUCAGAAGCUUCCCUCUAAAGUGCAAUAUCCUGACUAUUAUGCAAUAAUUAAAGAGCCCAUAGAUCUGAAGACUAUUGCCCAGCGAAUACAGAAUGGAAGUUAUAAAAGCAUUCAUGCAAUGGCUAAGGACAUAGAUCUAUUAGUUAAGAAUGCCAAAACUUACAAUGAACCUGGGUCUCAAGUAUUCAAGGAUGCUAAUGCAAUAAAGAAAAUAUUUAAUAUGAAGAAAGCAGAAAUUGAGCAUUCCGAACUGGCCAAAUCAAGUCUUCGAGUCAGGACUCCAAAUUUGUCUGCUUCGAAGCUGACAGGUCCUUCCUCACAGAGUAAAGGCAGUGUGGUCGAUGAGAGAAAUUCUGCUAAUAAAUAUUUCCGUAACAAAAGAGCUGUCCAAGGGGAUCGUUUAUCAGCAAUAACUAUGGCACUGCAGUAUGGAUCUGAAAGUGAUGAAGAUGCUGUUUUGGCUGCUGCUGCCCGUUAUGAAGAGGGGGAGUCUGAAGCUGAGAGCAUAACUUCAUUUAUGGAUGCUUCCAAUCCUCUCUAUCAGCUUUAUGAUACAGUUAGGAACUGCAGAAACAACCAGGGUCAGCUCAUAUCAGAACCCUUUUUUCAUUUGCCUUCAAAGAAAAAGUAUCCUGAUUAUUAUCAACAAAUUAAAAUGCCUAUUUCAUUGCAGCAAAUCAGAACAAAACUAAAGAACCAUGAAUAUGAAACGCUCGACCAUUUGGAAUGUGAUUUAAACUUGAUGUUUGAAAAUGCAAAACGUUACAAUGUUCCAAAUUCUGCCAUUUAUAAGAGAGUAUUGAAAAUGCAGCAGGUUAUGCAGGCGAAGAAGAAGGAGCUAGCUAGAAGAGAUGACAUUGAGGAUGGAGACAGUAUGAUCUCUUCUGCCACAUCUGAUACUGGAAGUUCAAAAAGAAAAAGCAAAAAGAACAUAAAGAAACAACGAAUGAAAAUUUUAUACAAUGUUGUUCUUGAGGCACGAGAGCCCAGCACUGGUCGAAGACUCUGUGAGCUGUUUAUGGUGAAACCUUCCAAAAAAGAUUAUCCAGACUAUUACAAAAUCAUCUUGGAGCCAAUGGAUUUAAAAAUAAUAGAGCAUAACAUCCGCAGCGACAAGUACUCUGGGGAGGAAGCUAUGAUAGAAGAUAUGAGGUUAAUGUUUCGAAAUGCAAGACAUUAUAAUGAAGAAGGCUCACAGGUAUACAAUGAUGCUCAUAUCUUGGAGAAGAUUCUUAAAGAAAAGAGGAAAGAGCUGGGACCUCUACUUGAAGAUGAUGAGGUUGCUUCCCCUAAAUUGAAAUUAAGUAGAAAAACUGGCAUCUCCCCUAAAAAAUCAAAAUACAUGACUCCCAUGCAACAGAAGCUUAAUGAAGUAUAUGAAGCAGUGAAGAACUAUACAGAUAAGCGAGGUAGAAGGCUCAGUGCUAUUUUCUUGCGACUUCCAUCUCGAUCAGAGCUUCCUGACUACUACUUGACCAUUAAAAAGCCAGUUGAUAUGGAGAAGAUCAGAAGUCAUAUGAUGGCCAACAAGUAUCAGGACAUUGAUGCCAUGGUUGAAGAUUUUGUAAUGAUGUUCAAUAAUGCCUGCACUUACAAUGAGCCAGAAUCCUUGAUUUACAAAGAUGCUCUGGUGCUACAUAAAGUUUUGCUAGAGACUAGAAGAGACAUAGAAGGAGAUGAAGAUUCUCAUGUCCCAAAUGUAACGCUGCUGAUCCAGGAACUUAUACAUAAUCUUUUUGUCUCUGUAAUGAGUCAUCAGGAUGAUGAGGGCAGGUGCUACAGUGACUCCUUAGCUGAAAUUCCUGCUGUUGAUCCUAAUUUCCCAAGCAAACCACCCCUGACGUUUGAUAUUAUACGAAAGAAUGUAGAAAAUAACCGCUACAGGAGACUGGAUUUGUUCCAAGAGCAUAUGUUCGAAGUGCUGGAACGAGCACGGAGAAUGAACCGGACGGACUCAGAGAUUUAUGAGGAUGCAGUAGAACUUCAGCAGUUCUUUAUCAAAAUCCGUGAUGAACUCUGCAAGAAUGGUGAAAUCCUAUUGUCACCAGCCCUCAGCUACACCACCAAACAUCUUCACAAUGAUGUAGAAAAAGAGAAGAAGGAAAAACUGCCAAAGGAAAUGGAAGAGGACAAACUCAAAAGAGAAGAAGAGAAGAGAGAAGCUGAAAAGAGUGAAGAUUCUUCUGGAGGAUCAGGACUGUCUAGUUUACACAGGACAUAUAGUCAAGAUUGCAGCUUUAAGAAUAGCAUGUAUCAUGUUGGGGAUUAUGUAUAUGUUGAACCUGCAGAAGCCAAUUUGCAGCCUCACAUAGUCUGUAUCGAGCGUCUGUGGGAAGAUUCGGCUGGGGGGAAAUGGUUGUAUGGCUGCUGGUUUUAUCGACCAAAUGAAACAUUCCAUCUUGCUACCCGAAAGUUUUUGGAGAAGGAAGUAUUUAAAAGUGAUUAUUACAACAAAGUUCCUGUGAGCAAAAUUCUCGGCAAAUGUGUGGUCAUGUUUGUUAAGGAGUAUUUUAAGCUAUGCCCAGAAAACUUUAGAGAUGAAGAUGUUUAUGUUUGUGAAUCACGUUAUUCUGCAAAGACAAAGUCCUUUAAGAAGAUUAAAUUGUGGACCAUGCCAAUUAGCUCUGUCAGAUUUGUUCCUCGAGAAGUGCCCUUGCCUGUGGUUCGUGUUGCAUCGGUGUUUGCAAAUACAGACAAAGUCGAUGAAGAAAAACACACUGAAACAUCUGAGGACAACAAAGUGGGAGACAACAUGCUUAGCCUUGAAAAGGACAAAGAAGAUGUUCCAGUAGAAAUGUCAAAUGGAGAACCUGGAUGUCACUACUAUGAACAGCUUUGUUACAAUGAUAUGUGGCUGAAGGUUGGGGAUUGCGUCUUCAUAAAAUCACAUGGUUUAGUCCGUCCACGAGUUGGCAGAAUAGAAAAAAUGUGGGUAAGAGAUGGAGCUGCCUAUUUCUUUGGUCCAAUCUUUAUACACCCAGAGGAAACUGAACAUGAGCCAACUAAGAUGUUCUACAAGAAGGAAGUAUUUUUGAGUAACCUGGAAGAGACCUGUCCCAUGACAUGCAUCCUGGGAAAGUGUGCUGUGUUGUCUUUCAAAGACUUCCUCUCCUGUAGGCCAACUGAGAUUUCUGAAAAUGAUGUUCUCCUCUGUGAAAGCCGCUAUAAUGAAAGUGACAAACAGAUGAAGAAAUUUAAGGGACUGAAAAGAUUUUCUCUUUCUGCAAAAGUAGUAGAUGAUGAAAUUUACUAUUUUAGGAAACCCAUAAUUCCUCAGAAGGAGCCAUCUCCCCUUCUGGAAAAGAAGAUUCAGCAGCUAGAAGCAAAAUUUGCUGAGCUGGAAGGAGGUGAUGAAGAUAUUGAAGAGAUUGGGGAAGAGGAAGGUGAAGUUACAGAAGCACCAACAAUGCCUCAGCUUCAGACUCCACUGUCUAAUGAAUUGGAUAUAAUGCCAUAUACUCCACCACAGUCCACUCCCAAGUCUGCCAAGGGCAGUGUAAAGAAGGAAGGAUCAAAACGGAAGAUCAACAUGAGUGGCUAUAUUCUAUUUAGUAGUGAGAUGAGAGCUGUUAUUAAAGCUCAGCACCCAGAUUAUUCAUUUGGAGAGCUCAGUAGACUUGUUGGAACAGAGUGGAGAAACUUGGAAGCAACCAAGAAAGCAGAAUAUGAAGAGCGGGCAGCUAAGGUUGCUGAGCAGCAGGAGAGAGAACGAGCAGCACAGCAACAACAGCAGAAUUCCUCCCCCCGGGCAGGCACUCCUGUCGGGGCUCUAAUGGGGGUGGUGCCGCCACCAACACCAAUGGGGAUGCUCAAUCCGCAGUUAACACCUGUUGCAGGCAUGAUAGGUGGUUAUCCACCAGUGCUGCCACCUUUACAGGGCCCAGUUGAUGGCAUUAUUAGCAUGGGCAGCAUGCCGCCACUUCACCCUGGGGUGCCUCCACCCCACCAACUUCCACCAGGCAUGUCAGGCAUCCCACCACCGGGUGUCAUAGGUCAGAGUGUUUCCUCCAUGGUAGGAGCACCAGCACCAGGAAGUCCUUUUGGACAGCAGAUGGGUAUCCUUGGUCCACCAGGCCAGCAGGCACCACCCCCCUAUCCUGGUCAAAGUCCAGCAACCCAGCAGGUCAUGCAGCAGCCAACAACUCCAAUGUUUGUCUCUCCUCCACCAAAGACACAGAGGCUUCUUCAUUCUGAGGCUUAUCUAAAAUACAUCGAGGGUUUAAGUGCUGAUUCAAAUAGUAUUAGCAAGUGGGAUCAGACCCUUUCAGCACGAAGACGUGAUGUCCAUCUCUCAAAAGAACAAGAGAGCCGCCUUCCUACGCACUGGUUGAAAAGCAAAGGGGCCCAUACCACAAUGGCAGAUGCCUUAUGGCGUCUUCGAGACUUGAUGCUGAGAGAUACUCUUAAUAUCCGUCAAGCUUACAACAUAGAAAAUGUUUAAUCUUCUUUCGAUACCAACAUAUAAAAGUUUUGUGGAACAAAAGCUGUUUUAGUUAUUGGUGGGAGAGGGCAAACUGUUUUUAUUGCAUCUUACUGUAUAUUGCAAGAUUGUUUUUAUAUAAGGACACUUUUAAUAAGCAUAUUUCACUUUUUGUUAUAUUAUGUUUUUUUUAAAUAUACAGACUUGUGCAUAUGGUUCGACUUGGAAGAUGAUCUCACACUUUGUUAUAAAUGCAAAAAAAGGUUGCACCCUUUUUAUUUUACACUGAAGUUCUGACACCAUCAAUUUUUUUUCAAAGCAGCAAGUGUUUACAAGUGUUUAGCUAAGAGAAAUGUGAAAUUAUUUCCAGUUUGCAUCUUAGCAGUUUGAGUGCCAGUGUGCUUGUGUGGUUUUGACUUCUGGCAGAGACAUCACGUGAACUUAAAACUCUUUAUUUAAUCAAAGCUACUAGGAUAGGGAGAAAAUGGAAACAAUUUGGUAAAUGUAAGAUAUUAAAUGUUUGUUCAUUCCCAGAACUUGAGAUAAAAAAAAAAAAAAUUGUAUCUUUUGUUUAGACCACCUUCUUUGGCACGUACAAGUUCCAAGUGUGGUUUGUGUUGAUGAGUCUGCUUUAAGUGAAGAGCUCUGGAAAUGUUGAAGGCUUGCAUGUGCUGUCCAUAGACGUUGGCCAAAUGAGUAUAUUAUGUACUUUAUUUCUCCAGAAUGAAUCCUAUGCUGAUCACCACUAGCAGCUUGUUCUUAGGGAGAUACUUGAGUGAGUUUAAGUAUAAAAGGGAGGGAUUAUUUCUACUUUGCUGUCUAAUAUAGUUCAGUUUUUGACAGGAUGCAGUAUCGUUGAAUUCUCAGAUCAGCGUAUAUAUAGGGUCUUUAAAGGCACAAAGCUUUAGUUGCCACGGCCUUUACUUAGGAUUCAGAACUGGUUAUUUUGUUUGCUAUACAGUGUUAAGAUCCCACUGCAAAUUUAUUACCUUUUGUAACUGAUCUUGGAAGGUAAGUAAUAAGAACAUGCAGAAGGGGCACAUGUAUUUUAACAGCUUGAAAUAAGUGUUCCAUUAAUGACUUGGCAUUCUGACACUUUUUUAUUUUUUUAAAGUUACUCUGACAGCAUUGCAGUCCAACUAUUGAUAAUGUUCACAUGAACAAUUCUAGCUGUACUGUACUGCUUACAACCUCAACACAGGAGAUAAUACGGUUCAUUGAUAGGGAUCUGUAUCCUAAUCCUGCAUAAAUUUAUUUAGAAAGUUAAGCACUCUAUAUUUUGUUAUCACAAUGUUAGGGCACUUUUACAGCAUUUAUCCUUUCUAGUAACAGCAGUUACAAAGUAGAGAGCUCCUUCAGGCACGUAAAAGGUCCUAGGUGAAACCAGUAGAUGUUAGUUGUGCAGUUCACUGGUUUGUUGCUACAUAUGACAUUCAUUGCAUAGUUGCUUUUGACUGCAUGCUUUUUCUUCCAUAAAAUUGAGGGGGGGUGUCCAGAUUGGGACUCUGGUGUGGUAGGUGAGCAGCUCUAACCAUUUCUUCCCUGCCGUGAGCUUUUUCCCAAUGCAAACUGCAGGCGUGGGAGCCUCCAAUCCAUGUUGCAAUCCCUCCUACCUAUCACUGGCCCUUUGUAAAAGAAAAUGUAUGCACUCAAACAUGUGUAACAGUAUGUUCCUAAAGUGAUACUAGAAUUUUCUCGUUUUACAGCCUUCUGCUGUUUAGAAAGUAUAUGGUGGUUUACAAAGAAUACUUCUCGGAUGACAUCCAACACAAAAUGAGCAGGCAUCCAUUUGUGUGCAGUGGAGCUUCUCCUUUAUUUCUAGCCCCCUAUGCAUCCCCAAAACCUGCUCAAAAGGGGUUGGAAGGAAGGGAGAAGCCCUGUUGUACAACUGGGCUGCCACAAUAGGAUCUAACACUUCCUGUGUAAGGUUAAAUCUAUAAUUGUAGAAAUGUAGCUUUGAAUUGGGACAAAUGAUGGAAUAGCUUUAACAAAUAUGGAUUCAAAGAAAUAAUGUGAGGAUGCCACCACCAAAGCUUGAAUAAAUGUGAGUUAGGAAGCAUUAUGUUAGGAUUCAUGUUUAAUUACAAAGCAGAUUUAAUGAGGAAUUGUUGCCAUGUUGACUUCAGAGAAUGAGUGGUUCAUCUGGAACAGUUACUGAUUGGACCAACUUUAGUUUACCCAAUGAAAAUUACAUUCCAUUACCUAUUUCAAUACACAUCCAGAAAAUGUAAAUUUUGUUGAUGUUUCUGGAUCUGUUUCAGCAAUACAAUGCAUAAUGAAGAUGACAACAAGCAGCUUGUAAAAAAUAGAAGCCAAACUAUUAAAGAUGUGGGUCUUCAAAUGAGGUACUAAUGUAAAAUACAACAUGAUUAAUAUUCAAAGAGAAAAUCUUUUGAAUGCUUAAUAUUCUGCAAUAUUUGGUUUAUGGUUCUUUGCAAUAUAUAAAAACCUCACUGAGACAAAAUGCUGCUACCCUCAGACCUGUGCAUGCACCUAGAGAUUUUCCUUAGUUGACUUUGCAGAAGCUCCCACCGCCAAACCAACUCAGUGCUGGGAGCUACUGAGGUGAGUGCAUGGGUGCUCUUCUGGGUUGUGGCUAAUGUGUUUAAAAUCACCUCUGACAUUUCAGUUUCAACAUCAAAAGGAGGCAGUAAGUGCUAGUUUUUUUAGUACUUGGAAACACCAUAGGCUAAUACAAUCACUUUUUUUAUUAAUUGCAAAAACUACACCAAAGAACCUAAAAUUUAUUUAAUUUUAUUUAUUUCUAAGAACAGCAUGAGACACCCUUUGAAUACUGUGUUAUUCAGGAGGAUCAGUGUUGAAUAAUAUGCAGCAUUGUCUUUCCCAGACAUUUAAGAUGAGGGCAGCUUCACUACUCCUAAUAACCUAGGAGUAAACAACUAGAAGUAUAAAUGAGGCCUUUUGCCUUUUCUUUGGCAGUGCAGAGCACUCCUCCUAGAUCAUUAGGCUGGCCCUAAUUAUUUUAAAUUUAAUUUAUUCCAUAAUCAUGUCUGUUUACUGGGGGCAUUUCAAUAAGUUACAGGAUUAAAGAUUUGACGGCUACAAUCCAGUAUUGCACAGCCACUUAACUGAACUGUUUUCUAACUAUAAACUGUUGAACAGAAGAACCAACCAUGUCUUCUUUUUUUUGCCAUUUGAACCCAUUAUUUGUUAUUUUCUAUAGCCAUGCACUGUACUAGGAGGACUGAAUAUUCAAAUAAAAGUAUGGGAAAUGUUUGGCUUGAGAGAGUGGAAAAAAACAGAUCUAUUUCAGUAAACUAGUUUGGAAGUGAUUAGCAGUUCAUCUCCUAUUUCAUUUUCCCUGCUCUUCCCUUAAAGAGCAAAUGUGUUCAUGUAAUAAUUCAAGUUGAUGUUUAUAAUAUUCUUUUCAGCAUAUAUGCUUUUGGACCUGGUUAAUCCAUGCCUCAUUUUUUACUCCUGGUUGUAUACUCCAAUGAGUAAAGUGAUAAGUAGUCGAUGUGCAUGUACUAUCAGUUUGUCUUUCUGAGGCUUUUUAAUUUGAAUAAAAAU